AUAAAGUUUUAAACCCUUGUUAAAGCCAAACGUUUGACAAUACCUGCUGCUCUCUGCCUCAACUUCUCUAUCAGCAGUGUUCAGCUCUGCAUUUCUCUUCAACUCUGUUAUUUACGCAUGGCGGUUUCUCGUCGAGGUGAUGCUGCUGGAUUUAUGUUCUGUCAAUUAUGUGGAACCACACUAUCUUUUACUUUAACUGAUUAUGCUCAAUGUCCUCGCUGUAAAUUCAAGAAAAACGCGGCAGAGUUAUCUGGAAGAGAAAUAUGUUAUAAAGUUACUGCUGAGGAUAUGAGAAGGGAUCUAGGCAUAUCAAGUUUUGAGGGAAAGAUAGAGGUGAAGGACAUGGAGAUAAAUAAAAAAUGUGAGAAGUGCAGCAACACAAAUCUUAAAUUUUCUACCAGACAAAUGAGGUCGGCAGAUGAGGGGCAGACUACGUUCUAUCACUGUCCUAAAUGCUUACAUACGUUUAGCGAGAACUGAGUUACUAAAUUUUCGGAGCUGGAGCGUAUGCAAUCUACCAACAAUACAGGUUACUGUUGGAUGGUUGAUGGCAUUUCUUCUCUAAAAUGUCUAUUAAAUUAUGUACAAAUCAUGAAGCAUUUAAAUGAAAGUAUCACAUGUUUCUUGAUUUUA